CGAACAAAGUGUUGUUUCUCUUUCACUGCAAACACUGGUUUAUGACCAAAAUUCUAAAUUUGUUGACUUUCGUUCUUCAAUGUAUUGUCAGUGUUAAUAUGUGUGUGCAUCUUAUAUCAGUGACUCACAUCUCUUAGUAGUAUCUAUAAACUUUUAACUUGUAGACCUAGGACCUAAUCUUUGCAUCAGAAUAACACCAGACUACUAACUACUACUUCUUGGUAUUUUAUCAUGGAUUUGAUGACGAAGAAAGAUGUUGAUAAAGGUAAAACCGUUAUGGAAUCAGCUUUGUUUAAGACUCCUUCAAUACCAACAAAGAACGUUAUUAAAAAAGUACUAGAUGAAGAAACGUAUCUUAGCGAAAUGGGGAAGAUAAUAGAAAGGGAUUUCUUUCCUGAUUUGGAAAAGUUAAGAGCUCAAAAUGAUUAUCUGGAAGCCUUGGAGAGAAAUGAUAUCCAAAGAAUAAGAGAAUUGUACGCCAAGUACAGUUCCGGUAGGGCUCCGUCACGCAAUGACUAUGCAAGCCCUGCCACUUUCGAAACUCCAAUUGACAGUAGACCUAGUGAUGAUGACGCAAGGCCAUCCUCGCCCAUAGACACAAGGGAUCCAGAAGAAAUCAUAAAUUCUGUUCAGACUCCAAACAUCAAUGAGAGUAAGCCUAAGCUUAGGCUAGACAGCUAUUUAAACAGCCACACCAGUGAAGACAAUCAGAGUUUCCAAGAAAUUAUCAAAGAAUCGGAAAUCCAACACAGACAGAAACAUUCCUGGUUGUACAAAGGAGAAGAAAUGAAUGAAACUAAAAGCAAAACUUUAAUGCUUCCCUCUAUUGAAGAACAAGCCUCUAUCAAAGACCGUCCAUUCAAUCUUGAUACAUGGACUUUCCGAAGUAAAAACUAUAUUAUGUAUGUUCCUGAUGGCGUAGACCUAAGUGACAGUGAGAAAAUUGAGCUAGCUCAUAAAAAGCAGGAAAUUAACCACAGCAGCACUAGACUCGCAAAAUGCCCUUUUGAUGAAACUCAAAACAAAGAAACAAUACAAGGAUUAGCCAUCAGCCAGUCUCGAGUUCAUGAAGGAAAGAUUGGUGUAGAUGGGAAAGAAUUAACUUUUAGUGAUACUCCCAAGGUAAAUGGGUUUAGCUUUGUUAAAACACCUUCUCCAGCUCCUGGUGUGAAUGAAUCACCUUUAAUGACCUGGGGUUGUAUCGAUGGCACUCCAUUUCGAUUGGAUGGUGGAGACACUCCAUUAAGACCUUCAACAGGCCCAUCGUUCAAAAUUCCUGAACCUCCAAAGAGAGAAAAACUUGCUUUGGCUCUUGCCGAAAAAGCCGGCGAGAGGCACAGAGAUCGUAAGAAAAAAGCUUUACUGGCAGCUCAGAGACAAUUUGCUUCACCCUCUCCGAAUCGCUCGUCUGGAAGUUCCCUUGACAGACUAAAUUCUAUGUCUCCAGCUGCUCAAAGACUAGCGUCCACCCAAUUGAAGAGGAUAGGUUCUGAUCGAUCUUUACAAGCUUCCUACAGCCCUGCUAGACAAACACCAUCGCCUUUGACCCCAUCUUCUAAGACGCCUAGAACCCCGAAGACUCCGAUUCCAUCUUCUAAACAAAGUGCAAGUUCUACUCAUGUAUUAACUCCAAAGAGAAGUCAAAACCUGACAGACAAUCUUCUUAAUCUACCUAAGAGGCCUAGAGCCGCUGAUUACUUUUAAAAUAUGUUUUACAAUUUCAU